UAGUAACGUCUAUAUAGAUAAAACACCUUUAAAUUGUAAUUGUGGCCACUGUAUGUAUUAAUAAUAGGCGAAGGACAUUUUGCCGCGAAGCGCUUGCGCGCAUUCGGCUAUAUUCUUCUACCGAUGAAGGUGGGCCUUUACUAGUGAAACGAGUAGACGACGUUUGUCUGCAGUGAAAUUACUGGUCGGUGUACGCAAAAAUUGGUUAUGUCUUAAAACAAACACGUGUAAUACAACCCUUUAAUUGUAAAAUGGUGUCAAGAUUACCUAGAGUUUCAUUUAUAUUCGCGAUUUUAGUGUGGGUUUGUGUCAGUGCUUCCAGUGGAAAUUCGGAUUUUAACUUUGAGCAGGAUGCUGAUAUAUCCUGUUCCUUAAAGCAGUUUCAGUGUGCCGAUAAAAAGUGUAUUCCAAUAUUUUUUUUGUGUGACGAAGAAAGAGAUUGUGAAGAUGGAUCAGAUGAGGAUCCCAAAGAAUGCAAGAGUAAUGUAACCUGCUCAAAAGAUCAAUUUAAAUGUAAUAGUGGCAAAUGUAUACCGUCUAUAUGGCAAUGUGAUAAUGAAAAGGACUGUAACGAUGGAAGUGAUGAAGAUGAACAAAUAUGUCAAAAAAAAGUAUGCAACUUAGACGAAUUUACAUGUAGAUCUGUUCCUGGUGAAUGUGUUCCUUUAACCUGGAUGUGUGAUGAUAAUCCAGAUUGUUCCGAUGGAAGCGACGAAAAGUCUUGUAAUGAAACUUGCCGAUCAGAUGAGUUCACUUGCAAAAAUGGUAAAUGUAUACAAAAACGAUGGGUUUGUGAUUUAGACAAUGAUUGUGGUGACAAUUCAGACGAAAUGAAUUGUCCAAAUAUAACUUGUGCUUCUGAAUUCCAAUGCUCACAAAAAUACUGUAUAGCCGCGAAAUGGAGAUGCGAUGGAGAGUACGACUGUCCUGACGGAAAAGAUGAAUUGGGAUGCCCUAAACAAUCUAGUAAAAUAUCGUUCUGCCUGCCGGAAGAGGCUGAAUGUCAAGAUAAGUUCACAUGCAUUCACAAAGACUGGUUGUGUGAUGGUACCAAAGAUUGCCCGGAUGGUUCCGAUGAAGCUCCGGAUCAGUGCUCAAAUGUCACGUGUAGGGUAGACCAAUUUAAAUGCAGAGACAGGUCGUGUAUCUUCGGACAUCUUCACUGUGAUGGAAACAAAAAUUGUCCAGAUGGCAGCGACGAAGAAAAUUGUGAUUUACCAGCUCCAAAAUGUGAUCCAAAGACUCACUUCGACUGUGGUGGAGGCCAGUGCAUUCGAUUUUCUCAAGUUUGUGAUGGCCGCCAGGAUUGUCCUGACUGGGAAGAUGAACCAAAAGACCGAUGUGGUGUCAACGAGUGCAAUAUAGAUAACGGAGGCUGCUAUCAAAAAUGUGUCGACACCCCAGCAUCGUUUUACUGUGAUUGUGAAGUUGGAUAUAAACUUGUAGAUAACAAAACGUGCAAAGAUAUUAAUGAAUGUGAGAUACCAGGUACCUGCUCCCAGUUGUGUAUAAACGAUAAGGGUGGAUUUAAGUGUGAAUGUGAGAGUGGUUACAUGAGGGAUCCAAGAGACUUAACGAAAUGCAAAGCAAUAGAAGGUCACGCGUCUCUUCUGUUUGCCCGAAGAAGGGAUAUUCGUAAGAUCUCUCUAGAUCAUCAUGAGAUGACCAGUAUAGUGAAUGAAACUAACUCAGCAACUGCUUUAGAUUUUGUAUUUAGAACAGGAAUGAUAUUUUGGAGUGACAUUACAGAUAAGAAGAUAUACAAGGCUCCUAUAGAUGAAGGCAACGAAAAAACAACUGUAAUAACCAACGACAUAACAACAUCUGAUGGAUUGGCUGUGGACUGGAUCUACAAUCAUAUCUACUGGACAGAUUCCGGUAAAAAUACCAUAGAGCUUGCUAAUUUUGAUGGCAAGAUGAGAAAAACUUUAAUAAAAGAUGGACUCGAAGAGCCACGAGCUAUAGCGUUAAACCCCAUGGAAGGCUGGAUCUUCUGGACGGAUUGGGGCACUGUUCCUAAAAUAGAACGCGCUGGUAUGGAUGGUUCUCAUAGACAAACUAUUGUAAGUUUCGACGUCAAAUGGCCAAAUGGCUUAACACUUGAUUUAGUGAAACGGAAAGUGUAUUGGGUAGAUGCCAAGCUGAAUUCUAUCUCCUCUUGCGAUUACAACGGGCGAAAUAGAAGACUUAUUCUCUUUUCGACUGAUGCAUUGAAGCACCCGUUUUCUAUAACAUCGUUCGAGGACUGGGUUUAUUGGACUGAUUGGGAUAAAGCGGCUGUUUUCAAAGCUAACAAAUUCACUGGUAAAGAUGUUCAGCCUGUUACAGCUACAGAAAUGAUUCAAAACCCGAUGGUGAUUCACGUUUACCAUCCAUAUAGACAACCGGACGGUGAAAACCAUUGCCAGGCUGUCAAUGGCCAUUGUUCCCAUCUGUGUCUACCAGCUCCACAGAUCAACGCAAUGUCUCCGAAAAUUUCGUGUGCCUGCCCUGAUUCCCUGAGAAUGUUAGACGACGGCCUGACAUGUGUCCAGGAUGAAAACUUUACUGCAUCUACCUCGAAUUCCGUGAUAAAUCCUGAAAUAACCACCAUAUCUGUAGAAUUUAUACCAGACAACUUUACAACUACCUCAUAUACUGUGAGCAUUCCCGAAUUAACAUCAAAGCCUGUUGUAGCGGUUACUAAGAGUACAUCGAACAAGUCUCAUCCUAAUACGCCGCAAUCUGAAAAUGCCGACAAUGGUGUUAUUGCUGGCAUUACCAUCAUGAUAUCGUGUAUAUCGGUCUCAGUUGUCGGAGGGGUGAUAUACUUCCUCUACAAACAUCUGAUGCAUCGCAAUAUGACAUCCAUGAAUUUCGAUAACCCAGUGUACCGGAAAACCACCGAAGACCAGUUUUCUUUAGAAAAAAAUCAAUUUCAGCGUCAGACGCGACCAUACUUAAGUACUGUGGGCGAAGAGGCGCAAGAACCUCUAACAAAAAUUUAUCGAACUGAUCCAGUUUAAUGAAACGGAGUGAAACCCUUAGGCCAAUUUUUUCUUCUGUCCAAAGAUCCACGAAGGCAUUUUCAAACCUCUAGUUUUAUACAAAGACUGAGUCAAUGACAUAUUUCUCAAAGAAUACUCAUCAUUGAAGUAUGAUUGCAAGGUUGCCUUUUAAGUUUAAGGCGUUGUUAACACUUCUGUUAUUAUUUAUUUUCUUCAAAUUUUAUUUUUGAAAGUUAGAUUAAAAGACGGCCUUGCGAAAAAUUGGAGUUUUGAAAAGUAUAUUUAUUAUGAUGUACAUUGAAUUUAAGUCGAAGAAUUAAUUUUUGUGAUUAUAAUAAUUAUACUACACCCUAAUUGUCACUCACCAAAGUGUAGAGUAUGCCUAUAUACAGGGCGCGUGUAAAGUAUGGAAUCAUAAAGAUAUCUGUAACACCCGGUAUGAUAUAAUAACAAAACGUUGGUUAUGUAUAUUAGAUGAACGAGCGACUUAAAAUGUUAUAUUUUCGACGUUGCCAAAAGUACAGUUUCUGAUAUAUGGGUUUAAUAUGCGUAUUUUUAAAUGCGACCAUCCGUAUAUUUAACAAUCUUUUGUUACAUUGCCGAUGCAACAUAUAAUGUGUUAAUGACUAAUAUUGGCCAUUAAUAUGCAGAGAUUUUGAAAACUAUUUUUAUUUUGUAAUUAAUAUUGCUGUAUAAACAGAAAGCAACCGAAAAAAAAAUUAAAGGUGGUGUUCAAUAUGACCACAUUGUCUUUGGAAACAGAAAUCCAUUCUGAAUGAAAAUGUAUCUAAGACUUCUCUAAUCGUUUCUGAAGAAAUUAGUGCUGUCGCUUCUGUAAUUCUGUUUUUCAGUUCCUGGAUAGUAUGUGGCCUAUUUACAUAUGCUUUGCUUUUUAAAUAACACCAUAAAAAUAAUCUAGAUAGAGGUGUUAAUUCGGAGGAUUUUGCUGGCCAUUCGAUAGCUCCCCUUUGUUAUGUGUACCAUUGUAUUUUAGUCUAAUUUUUAUCACUGUCAAGCCUAUUGUCAAAAACAAUCACUACGUACCUACUGACAAUAAAACCUACUUGAUUUAACGAGCUGAAACCAAAACUCAUACAAAUACAGACAGGACUUUUUUAAACUUUAGCAAAUACCAUUUUAUUUUCUCUUAUGUUAUAUCAACAGUUGUAGUAAAAAUGUGUUUACUAAUUUCUGCAUAUUAAUGGUCAAUAUUGGCCAUUAACAGUAUAUAUGAUACAUCGGUAAUAAAAAUCUGUAACAAAAAAUUGUAAAAUAUACGGGUGGUCCUAUUUAAAAAUUGUACGUAUAUUAUCCGUAUAUCUCAGAAACUGUACAUUUGGCAACGUCGAAAAUAUAAAAUUUUAAAUCGCUGGUCCAUCUAAUAUACAUAACCAUAUACAACUAUAACAUACAGGGUGUCACAGAUAUCUUUAUGUUUUCAUACUUAAGCGCGCACUGUAGAUGCAAUAGAUAAAGAAACUCAAGGAAGAACAUUUCUAAUACCGCUGAAAAUUGUUGUUCGAAAGUAUUUAAAAGUUUGCAAGAUUGCAAAUGGUACUAAAUUAACAAUUUUGAAUAGAAAGUACAUCACAAUUGCAUCACUCUGAUUGUGCGUGUCUAACUAAUUGUACAUUUUAAAAAGUUUAACGUUUAAUAUGUUUCUAGUCUAAUUGUUAGUUUAAAUCGAAUAUACCAAUUAAAGAUGUUCCAAAACGGUUACAGUGAACAUCAAAAUUUUAGUUUAAUGCAGUAUAUAAAGAAUUUCAUCACGAUUUGUUCAAAUAUAAGUACAAGAUGUUCCAUAACUUAUACUUACUAAUAUGUAUAUCAUUAUUUUUUAUAAUCUCAAGGACUCCAUUCCUGUAUAUAACUUUCUUAAGAUCUUUUUAUUCGUCAAUGUUUUACGCUUUGUUUAUAUCAUUAUCUUUUGCACUCUCUAAUUAUGUGCCCUAUCCAAUUGUCUACAUCGUAUGCUCUUGUCUUAUUGCGAAUCCACUUAAUUGUUUUCCUGUUUUUGAGUUACUUUCAUGCUUCCUAACUUGCUUUUUUAGGGGACCAGAUUUCAUAAGCGUAGUUCAUAGUAACACUAAGCGUCAAAAUUAACUCACCACCUUAAAAAUGUCCGAUUUUAGUGAUUUUUUUAAUAUGGUAUAGCUUUAUUCUUCAAGAAUGUCGGUGUAAUAAUAUUGUUGCCAAACAGAUAAGUGUCAUUUUGAAUACCGGGUGUAACAAUGAUAGUGUGUUUUUUCCUCUAAGUUUGGAACACCCUGUGGAAUAUUGUAGCGGAUAUAAAAUAUUAAAAUUAAAUCUCAACUGUAGCCUUAGGCUUUCUUAACAUUCUGCUUUUUGAUUCAUUCUCUUAUGUUGGAUAAUAAAAAAGUUAGGUACUUUAACAACUAGCAACGUUCUUCAUCAAUACAGGGUGUUUCUAAAUAAGUGCGACAAACUUCAAAGGGUAAUUCUGCAGGAAAAAAUAAUGAUCGUUUGCUUUAUAAACAUAUGUCCGCAAAUGCUUCGUUUCCCAGAUACGGGAUGUUGAAUUUUUUCUAACAGUCUGACGAUUUAUUUAUUGCUCUAAAACCGGUUGAGAUAUGCAAAUGAAAUUUAGUAGGUUUUAAGAGGUAGUUAUUGCGCAUUUUUUGGCAUACAACUAAGAAUUUUAUAUUCACCAUUGGCGUGCAUACGGAUCAUAUUACCUGUAUACACGCCAAUGGUGAAUAUAAAAUUCUUAAUUUUAUGUCAAAAAAUCGGCAAUAACUAUCUCUUAAAACCUACCCAAUUUCAUUUGCAUAUCUCAACCGGUUUUAGAGCAAUAAAUAAAUCGUCAGUUUGUAAGAAAAAAUUCAACAUCCUGUAUCUCGGAAACGAAGCAUAUGUUUACAAAGCAAACCGUCAUUAUUUUUUCAUGCAGAAUUACCCCUUAACGUUUGUCGCACUUAUUUAGAAACACCCUGUAUUGAUGAAGAACGUUGCUAGUUGUUAAAGUACCUAACUUUUUUAUUAUCCAACAUAAGUGAAUGAAUCAAAAAGCAGAAUGUUACGAAAGCCUAAGGCUAUGGUUGGUUUUUAAUUUCAAUAUUUUAUAUACGCUAGAAUAUUCCACAGGGUGUUCCAAACUUUGAGGAAAAAACACACUAUCAUUGUUACACCAGGUAUUUAAUGACACUUAUCUGUUUGGCAACAAUAUUAUUACAUCGAUAUUCUUAAAGAAUAAAGCUAUACCAUAUUAAAAAAAUCACUUUAAUCGGACAACAGGUUUAGGAAAUAAAAGACAUCAAAAAUGUUCCAUUUUUAAGGUGGUGCGUUAAUUUUGACGCUUAGUGUAUUUUUGUUGUAUUGAAUUUCUAAAGACUGAUUUUAACCUGCCGAAUAUGUACUGUCUAAACAUGUUAUAUUCUUCGUUAGCUCUCCUCUGUUUGUUGUAUAUUAUUCUCCAACCGACUGUAUUUUGUUAUCCGAUUUGUAUUUGCCUUGCAUCUUUGUUGUUUGACAUUACUUUUAUUUUCAAUAUUUCAUGUUUUCUACGUUCCAAUAUACAGGGUGUCCCGAAAAGAUUGGUCAUAAAUUAUACCAUAGAUUAUGGGGUCAAAAAUAGGUUGAUUGAACCUCACUUAUCUAUAUACAAUAGUGCACACAAAAAAAAGUUACAGCCCUGUGAAGUUACAAAAUGAAAAUCAAUUUUUUUUUCAUAUAUCAAAAACUCUUAGAGAUUUUUCAUUGAAAAUGGACAUGUGGCAUUCUUAUGGCAGCAGCAUCUUAAAUAAAAAUUAAAGUGAAAUUUGUGUACCCCAUAAAAAAUUUAUGGGGGUUUUGUUCCCUUAAACCCCCCCAAACUUUUGUGUACGUUCCAAUUUAAUUAUUAGUGUGGCACCAUUAGUUAAACACACUGUUUUUAAAACAUUUUGCCUCUUAGAACUUUUUCGAUAAGCCAGUGUUUAUCGAGAUAUUUUGAAUAUUUAUCGAAUCGACCACAAAUGUGUAUAUGGUUAAGUACGAUUAUAGAGACCUGUUAAUAAUCUGAAAAUGUAUUUAAAAUUUACAUUUUUAGGUAUAUUUUGAAAAAGAAGCCACAUCUCGAUAAAAGGUGUAUCAAAAAAAGACUAAGAGGCAAAAAAGUUUUAAAAACACUGUGUUUAACUAAUGGUACCACAAUAAUAGUUUAAUUGGAACGUACACAAACAUUUGGGGGGUUUAAAGGAACAAAACUCCCAUAAAAUUUGUAUGUAAAUAUAUUAAAAACAAGCCGAAUCUCGAUAAAAACUCGGUUAUCGAAAAAAUACUAAGAGGCAAAAAAGUUUUAAAAACGUUGUGUUUAACUAAUGGUACCACAAUAAUGAAUUAAUUGAAACGUACACAAAAGUUUGGGGGGUUUAAGGGAUCAAAACCCCCAUAAAAUUAUUAUGGGGUGGACAAACCUCACUAUAAUUUUGUUUUAAGAUGAUCCUGCCAUAAGAAUGAUACAUGUCCAUUCUCAGUAAAAAAUCUUUAAUAGUUUUCGAUAUAUUGAAAAAAAAUCGAUUUUCAUUUUGUAACUUCAAAGGGCUGUAACUUUUUUUAUGAGCACAUUUGUACUAAGGUAAGUUAGGUUCAAUCGAAUUAUUUUUGACUCCAGAAUGUCUGGUAUAAUUUAUUACCAAUCUUUUCGGGACACCCUGUAUAAUUUGGUAGAUAAACAAGGUUACUCGGAGACCAAAAUGGUAAAUUUUACCACGAAAAUCUCCCAUAGAAAAUCCAAAUUUGACAAUAACCACCCACAAUUCUCGAACGGCUCAUCGGAUCAUAUUGUAUGGGGUAGGAUUGGAAAGAAGACGUGUAAUUUUACGUCAUAUUUCAUUCUAAGUGUCACGUUCCACGUCUAACGUUACGUUCCAUGUCAAAUGUAACUUUUCCUGUGAGGCGCUGAAUCGCUGCAGACUCUGUGUUGACUCGAGGUUAACUGAACCCUGUUAUAAUUCCUAUGUAUACCUUAAGACUACAAAAAUGUAACAUUUAACGUCAAAUGCGUCACUUUUGCGAGAUUUAUUUUUGCAAAAUGUAGGUGCUAUAGCAGCCUUACUUAGACCCUUACUAAUAGGAAAUUCUCUAUUUAAUUUGUCUCCAGUUUUAACGUUUACCGUCAUAUUUUUGUAAAUCGGUACUGCUUUUAUAUAUUUUUUUGUUUAUUCCUUUGUUUUUCCAUUGCUACUCAGAGUAUUAAAAGUGAUACACUAUCGUAUGCCUUUGUCAGAUCUAUAAAGAAUAUAAGAAUUGAAAGGUUGAGGUCUAAUCUUUUGUCAAUAACCUGCUUUAGAGAAUGUUAUGUUAUUCAUACAGGAUCUGUCAAGUCUUAAGAGUAAAUUUAAGACACAGUCCCCUGUAGUUUAAGCAAUUUUUUCUAUCUUUUUUCGAGAUAUUGUUAAUAGGUAUGUGCUCUAUCCACUCCGGUAGUAAGCCAUGUCCUUGGGCGACUACGAACUCCCCCACACUACCUAGAUUUUAAUGGGUUCAGUUUUAUAGUAGGAUUAAAAGCGACUACGAACUGCCCCACGCUACCUAGGUACUUAGAUAAUAUUUUCUGUGAACAUAUAUAGUUUUUAUUUUACUUUAUUGUAUUUAAAAAGGAACCCAAUUCCCAAAGCAUGAACGAAAAUUUUAAAUGAUUAAAUAAUGAAACUAUAACAAUAUAAUCGAAUAAAGUUUAUUUAUAAAUCUACAUUAACUUAUAUACAAUAACAAAAACUACAGUUAAACAAUAACAAUGCAUAAUUAUAAUGUCUGAUUAGUGAUUAAAAUAAUUAAGAGUGAACACUAUAUUUUAGAUUUUAAAAGUUAGCUGCAUAAUAAUUGCAAACUGACUUAAUGAAGUCUAAUUUAGUAAUGUUUUGAUUAACGUAAUAUUUAUUUAGCCUAUUUUCAAUAAAAUCAACUUUUCUUUUUGCCGUAUUAUCAAUUUUUUUCGAAUCUAUAUGCAGUUCUAAUUUUCACAUAUACUUCUGCUUGAAAAUUUAACAAAAUGUCUGUAAAUUUAAAUAUAUCAGGAUGUGAUUUAUAAAAACGUUCUUUAAAUUUCGAGUGAAAUGAUCCACAUGCGUUUGUAGUAGUAAAUGUAAGAGAUGAUGAAUUUGAAGCCCACAUGUAAGGUGGAAAUGUUGAAUCUUCCGUUAAAUAAUUAUCAACUAGGUAAUCACAAAAUUGCAAAACUCUGUCAUCUUCUGGCAUACUAUUAAAAAGUUCAUCAGAAAAAAAGUCACCAACAUCAUUUGGAUCUAAAUAAGGAAUGCCGAAAAACAAUUUUAAAUAUUUUCCAAUAACAGUUUGAUUUUUAUAUUCCGAGGACAAACCUAAAUUUUGAAUUUUUCGGUACCAAUUUUGUGUUAAAUGAAAUUUGCAACAAAAUAUAAUAAUGUCAGGCCACACUAACUUGGCUGCAUUUUGAAUUGCUAUUUCAAAAUCAGACAUUAUUCGCUUCGGUUUGAAAUUUGAAUUAAAAUCUGUACAUAUUGUUAUUAAUGAAAAUUAAAUGAAAGUUAAAUUUAAUUAACAUAAAAACCAUUUUUGUAGCCAUGUAUAGUAAACAUCUGACAAAAAUAUUUAGAACAGUAUUGAAAAGUUCCAUCUACAUACAAAGAAUCUACAUUACACAAAAAGUAAAGAUUUUGUGAAACAACUAAAAAUUGCGGAAUUAUUUUUCGUAGAUAAUAAAAAUUUUCACCUGUAUUUGUUUUUAAAUUUAAGUUCACUAACACUUGUAGAACUUCUUCCUGUGACUUGGGCAAUGAUCAACUAUUUAUAAUGGGAAAUAAGCCACAAUUAUACCAAAAAAUGAUUUUAUUAACGUUUCGAAGCCCAAAUCGGGUUUCGUUGUCAAAAUACAAAAUACUACUUAUUUUGUAUUUAUAAUAAUAAGUAGUAUUUUGUAUUUUGACAACGAAACCUGAUUUGGGUUUCGAAACGUUAAUAAAAUCUUUUUUUGGUAUAAUUGUGGCUUAUUUCCCAUUAUAAAUAGUUGAUUAUAAAAAUGCCACAAGGAAAUUGCUUCAAAACAACAUUGGGCAAUGAUGGUGUGGAUUUUCGUCUUGCAGCAUAGAUAUUUCUUUGAACGCAAGAAAUGUCUUUCGUCGUCAGCGGUUAAAUUGCUGAAAUUUUCCUUCCUCAAUUCCUUGUCGACAAUCUUUAAAGGUCUUUCACAUAUAUCUUCUACAGCUUUCCUCUUUGUAGAAUUAUUAAAAAUUUGCCGGUCAACGUGGAUAUCUGGAGCAUAAUUAUGCUCCACCGAUGCUUUUUCAAGAAUAACGUAAUUUUCAUCACCUUCCUUUGUGUACACUUUUUGCUGACACCGUUUUUUGAUGCAUCGCCAUCUAACUUUUCCAUCUUUGGAGACAUGGGCCUUUGAAUAUUUAUAUUCAUUAAUUAUUAAUAAAAGUUCUCCCCUUUGACUAAACAUAGUCGUUGGAUUCGCCAUUUAAAAGUUAAACACUAACGGACAAAACCAGACACUAUACCGUAUUACUUGCAACUGAAGUGAAUAACUGAAAAUAUUUAUAUUCUUACUUUCAACUAUAAUCAAAUUUGGAAUUUCCGGUCAUUAAGACUUAAUCCCUAACUUUCUCGGCGAUGGGGCAGCAGGUACUUGGGAUUAAUGAGCCCAGGUAGUUCGUGGAGCAGUUAGAUAAUGCCGAUGUCCUUAUAGAAUAAGGUGAAAACAUACGCUAGUAAUUCCCGUAAUACUUGUUGGCUGUGUUUUAGUAAUUCGUUUGGUAUAUCUUGUGGUCUGCAUGCUUUUCGUUUUUUUUUUAUUCCUCUUAAUAGAUACUCUCUACGUCUUCUAUUUGUAUAUGUGUUUCUUGUUUUGUGACAACUUGGUUUCUCGUUGGUCGGACCCAGGUUCAGGUAUACAUAUGUAUGUAUUUUUGGUGGUAGUUGGUAGAAUCCGUUUAGGAUUUUCAGAAGGUGCUGUUGGCAGAAUUCGAUUGUCCCUGUAUUUUCCUAGGACUUUGUCAUUUGUUUUUUCCCUGUCCAAGCAUUAAAAUUUGCCAACUCUUAACAUUACCUUUCUUACUGCAAAAAAUCAGUCUUCAUUAUUGCACAUAUCCAGCUAAUUUACACCUAUCAAGAAGACUACAGAAGCCUGGGACAAAUAGCAGCAAGAGAAAUAUGUUUUAUUGAUUAUAACAUCAGGUUUUCGAAUAAAGCUAUGUUAAAUGUUGAAAAUUAUUGGAACAUUUUGUAUGAAAUAUUAACAAGUUCUACUUUAUUUACAACAUUAGUUAAGAUGGAAAUCAUUUUCGGAACAUUGUAGAUUUACAUAUUUUUUGGUAAUUUUUUUGUAGCAAUAUUGUACAUUUUGAGAGGAGGUAACCAGUUAUGUAACGAUAAGAGGAGGGUCAAUAUAUUUGUAGAAAUGUUUUGCUUUAUACACUUCAGAUUUACUUUUUGUUUUGCUUUUUUGGUCCUUUUGACUUCUGUAUUUGUUGACUAUUAAACUGAGUUGUCGUAGAUUGUGAAAGGUUUUAUGGAAUUUUUGAAACAUGUUUAUAUAACUACUUUGUUAAUAAAGUAUUUCUCCAUCUUCUCCUGAAGAUUAAGCAUUUGUCUCCUCUCAAUUGUCCUUUAUUAUAAACAAUUUUGCAAUUAAAAUAAAAUGAACAGUUUGUUAACAAUAAAAAUAAUAGAUGGUAGAAAUUUCUAGCAGUUGCUUUAAAAUAGUAAAUGCCAUUUAAUGUGAUUUUAGUAUAAAUUUUAAUUUUUCAAAUGUAUAUAUUUUUGUGAUUUUCUGGCUUGUACGGAAUUUUGAAGGAAUUUUUGAUAAAUUUCUUAAAUGUUAUUUGUAUAUAUACCUAUUCUAUUGUAGGCAAUUUUCUGUACAAUUUUUAAUAUAACAUGUACGUUACUUUACACAUCCCAUUAUUUUACUAGGAAAUGAAAAUCAAAACGUCAAUGAAUUAUAUAUAUAUUUUAUCGAUACAUUAUGGUUGCUUAGUCUGUCAAAUUUUAGAACCGGAAAAUAUUCAAACUGUAAUAUUUUUGUAUUUUGUACAUAAAGUUUUGUUUAUAUGUAUUGUUUAUAAAUAAAAUUUAUAAUACCAGUUUAGUUCUAGUAAAUAUAAAUAAAUCGAACUUUGGCAGACGUACAACACCUUCUGUAUCCAAAGUUACUCUUUAGUAAUAUUUUUAGCUCUAAUAUUCUGUGAUUCCUUUAAUUAUAAUUACAUUCAUAGGUAACGUUUUUACUGUUUUUUUUUUAAAUUAUUUAUCCUAUUUAUCUUGGUUAUUUUGUUUGUAUAUUAGUUGUAAUAAUAUAAGUACAGAAUACGUAAACAA